UGGUUUCCAAAACUGUUUUUUGGCUCGAGUGGUAAACUUAGAAUACAUUUAAUAGUUGUAAUGCAAUAUUUACAUUAUCUAAACAUUUAGUAGAAAUUUGUUAAUGAAGUAGAAGAAAAUAAGAGCCACAAUGAGAAUAAGGAGACUCUCUGCAGUGUUUUGGACAACAUGCAUCCUUGCAUUCUUAUUCAUAUUAUAUGUAGUAACGGACCUCAGCUUCAAACUACCUAGUAUUAGACCUGCUCCUGUGGAAAUAGACGAUAUUAAAUGGUCCAACUUUGAAUCAAAGCUUCGACAUAUAGAAGAAGAGCUUAAUCAGCACCAUGCAGUUGUGGAUGAGAUCAAGUCAGCAGUGGAUCAGAUGAUGGUCCAGCCGGAAUACCAUCCUCCUCAAGUAAGACCAAAGAAAGCACAUUUGAAGAUUGAAUCUCAUGACUCGAAGCACUGGGAGCCCAAAAUCAGGGAAUUCAAAGCUGUUGGCGAUGAGCCUCCUAGGAUGCGUGUGAAAUUUAAUACAUCAACAUGCCCUUUACAUUUACAAAAUACUCCAAAAACAGAUAUCCAAAUGCUCUCUAUGUAUGAAAGAAUAACUUUUGAUGACAAAGAUGGUGGAGUAUGGAAGCAGGGCUGGAACAUAGAAUAUAAUGAAGAUCAAUGGAACUCAAAAAACAAGUUGAAGGUUUUCAUUGUACCACAUUCACACAAUGAUCCAGGAUGGAUUAAAACAUUUGAGAAUUAUUAUAAAACUCAAACAAGGGCCAUUUUUACGAACAUGGUUGAGAAAUUAGCAGCAGUAGGCAGGAAGUUCAUUUGGGCUGAAACCAGCUAUCUAGCUCUGUGGUGGACCUCAGAUGCUACUGAUAAAGAAAAGGCUGCUUUUCGAAGUUUAUUAAAGUCCGGGAAAAUAGAGAUAGUAACAGGGGGAUGGGUAAUGAAUGAUGAGGCCAACUCACAUUGGCUGUCAAUAAUACAGCAGCUGACUACUGGCCACCAAUGGCUUCUCGAAAACCUCAGCUAUUUACCAAGGAAUGGGUGGUCUAUUGACCCUUUUGGAUACUCUAGUGCACAACCCUAUCUGCUCAAGCUGGCCGGCAUAGAGAACACUGUUAUACAGAGAGUGCACUAUAGGAUUAAGAAGGAAUUGGCUUUAAACAGGCAAUUGGAAUUUAAGUGGAGGCAACUAUGGGAUGGUGUGGGCAAAACCGACUUGUUUACACACAUGAUGCCAUUCUAUUCAUACGAUGUACCACAUACUUGUGGCCCAGAUCCAAAGGUGUGCUGUCAAUUUGAUUUCAAGAGAUUGCCAGGUAAUGGCGUCACUUGUCCAUGGGGAAUUCCACCCAAGAAAAUUAUAAAUAAAAACGUGGAAGAAAGGACCAGUCUAAUCUUGGACCAGUGGCGCAAGAAGGCACAACUGUACCGCAGCAGUGUACUGCUGGUGCCGCUAGGAGAUGACUUCCGAUACGACCGCGCCAACGAAUGGGACAACCAGUACGGCAACUACGAGGCCAUUGCUGACUACAUCAAUGCACACGACCGUUUCAACGCACAGAUACAAUUCGGAACUCUACAAGACUACUUUAAAGCGGUACACGAGGAAACUAAAAUGUCCGAGUUUCCCGUUUUGUCCGGAGACUUCUUCACGUAUGCAGACCGUAAUCAACACUACUGGAGUGGCUACUACACAUCGCGACCAUUCUAUAAGAAUAUGGAUCGCAUUCUCCUUGCUUAUGUCAGGGCGGCGGAAACCAUAUCGGUACAGGCGCAGGCGACGAUAUCUCGCGUGGCGUCCGUACAGUUGCGGGACACAGUGGAGGCAGCGCGACGGGCCCUAUCACUGUUCCAACAUCACGACGGCGUAACUGGCACCGCUAGAGAUGACGUCACCCACGACUAUGGCAACAAGAUGUUGACAGCUAUCAAGCACUGCCAGUCUGCCAUUCAGCAAGCAGCAUACCAGCUGCUGCAGCGGCCGCCGCUUCUGGAACAAUCUCAGCCGGAUGUGUUCUUAGACGUGGAUGAUGUGUGGAGACAACAUGAUCAGUUGCCCGAACGAAUCAAUAUCGCUCUGGACGCCGUAUCACCGUCGAGAAGGAUCGUGUUUUAUAACGCGCUCGUUUUCAAGAGGCGAGAGGUAGUCACUAUAUACGUCUCUAGUCCACAUGUCGAGGUGUUUGAUCCCGAAGGCAACCCAAUGAUGGCGCAAGUGUCGCCAGUGGUGACAGGCGAGACUCGGCUAGGUUUCGCGGCUAACAAGUUCCAACUGUCUUUCCCCAUCGACGUGGAAGCAUUGGCUCUGGUCACGUACACUGUCUCUUUACGGGACGCCAUGGCCAUCAACAAAUACACGUCGUAUUCCCGCGUGCGCGUAUACAACGCUGACUACUUAUCCGUUGAUCUGCCCAAGAUGUUCGCAGUGGAGCAAGCGAGUGGUCGCCUCACCGAGGAUAUCACAUUACAAACAACUAAUACCACCACCACUACCAGCACAGCCAGUACCAGGAUAGUAGCAACCGAACACGGACUCAUCAAGGCGAUCGUCACUCCACAAGGGAAAACUAUACCGCUUCAUAUGGACUUUGUGCAGUACUCGUCACAGAAAUCGUCUGACAAUAAUAGCGGCGCGUAUCUGUUCAUCCCUGAAGGAAACUCUCGUCCACUUCCCUCAACGCCUUUCCCAGAGAUUGUGGCGUGUGAGGGGCCCUAUCGUGCCACCCUGUAUACCGCCCUGCAUUAUGAACGUGCUGCCGAUAUCUUGUUUACUAUAAACGUGUACAAUACUCCUGGUGAGGAGGAGGCAGCAGUGGAUAUCACCAAUACAUUGAUGAUGGACCCUCAAGCAGAUGAUGUGGAGGUAGCGAUGCAAUUCGAUACAUCCAUACAGAACGGAGAUAACUUCUACACGGAUCUCAAUGGGAUGCAGAUGAUAAAGCGUCGAUACAUGGAGAAGUUGCCGCUGCAGGCCAAUUUCUACCCGUUGCCAGCAGCUGCCUUCAUACAGGACGAUUUAACGCGGCUCACAAUACUCACUUCUACGCCCCUCGGGUUUUCUGCCCUCCGUCCCGGACAAAUACAGAUAAUGCAAGAUCGUAGAUUAAGUCGUGACGACAAUCGCGGCCUGAACCAGGGCGUGCUUGACAACGUCCGCACCAGGCAUAACUUCAGGCUACUGUUCGAGCACUCCAAACCCUGUCAGAGACCCGCCGUUGAUCUCCCGACUGGUUUCCUGUCGGUCCGCGGGCAUGUGUGUAUGCACUCUCUACUGCAACCGUUACUUCCUCUACAUUACUCGCCGCGCGACUCCACGCCGUACACGCAGAACACGCGGAACACGCGGCGCACGAUACACAUGCCCGACGUCACGCUCGCCGCGGCCCGGGCCCAUGCCACAUCACUGAUUACAAUAUCGGAUAUAGUGGAGGUUGGAGGUGGAGGGGCAUUAUCCAGUUCCUUAACGUUCAACCGCGUGGGGGCACCAAUCAAGGGGAAUACUCUCACCCUUUGCCCCAUGGAGGUGAAAUCAGCGUUCCUGCCACUCGAACACUGAAUUCUUACUACCACCUUAUCGACAUUAUCAACAUUUUGAAAUGCCCCAUGAACCGGGCGUGUGGACUGUAAAAAAUGUUAUAAAAUUUAUGAAAUGAAGCUAACGUCCUUUAUAUUUUAAGAGGGCGGUAUGCGCACUUCAUUCUUCGCCGAGUCAUUUUGCAUUUUGAUAUAAC